GUGGCUCGAGAAUAUUGUGGAGGAAAAUUAAAAAAAAAAGAGAAGAAGAAGAAGAAGGCGAGCGACACAUCGGCGGCUGCCGCUGCAAUAAGAUGCGUUCAGAGCAGCCUCUCCUAGGCGCGCACGUUUUUAACGACGGGGUACGCCGGUUCUCGGGUGGUUUUCUCGGUUUGGCGUUAUCGUAGGCAACGAUACCGUUAAACUUAGGCGUUAGUUGAGACCAAUGGAAGUCGGGCCUGUCGUAAUAAAUUAACAAAGACGCGGUGAUGGAAACGUCGGCAUUGCUAUGCCUCCGUCCAGAAAGGCCAGCAGCUAUUCAAGCUAGCUGGUUACUACGUAGCUAGCUAGUAAUAAGCUAACGUUAAUCCUUCGAUGAUGGUUAACCUCCGAGUUACGUCGUGGCUCAUCAAACUGUUUGUUCUAACGCUGCUUUGAACAAAACACACACUGGUUUAGGUGCUGAAUUAACAAACUAUUUUAUUGACAGCUUCAUAAACUAAUUUAAGCUCUUCGGCGCAUUGACUAACGUUAGUUUGGCAGCGACGUUAAUCCAAUAACAUUGGCAGCACAAAACGAGCAUACCCACAGUCAAAAAAAAGACUUUGAGCUAUGCUAGCCGAGCUAGCACAAUUGGCUUUCCAAAGUAUGCCUUCUAUUUAAAGCCACGGUCGUGUGUUUCUAUAUUUUUUCCCCUUCCGUGAUUAUUUCCCGACAUAUAUAUUGAGUCGGGGAUUUCGGGAAAGCUUCACAGCUGACAUUAGCUUUCUUGCUAGCGCUUGUUCAAUGCACCCUUCGGCUCGUCGGUGGGUAAGCUAACAUUAGUAGUAACGCCGUAACGGAGAGCUGCCUUUUCUUUGUGUUGUGCCAAGACUGCUGUCCGUCUGUAAAACACCCCACAUUUCAGCCGAGUACGACCUCGGUCGUGUGUAAACGGGGGUUCCCCCCCCCCCCCAAAACACCGCGUAAACGAUGCACACUUUUAAUGCGUAAACACAAACACGCCAGGGUGAGAUUCGGUAUCGGUGGUUGUUUUGCAGUAAAGGUCAAUGGACGUUAACGUGCCAGUACCGCUUCACUAUCAUUCAGUACAUUGAGUUAGUGGGAAGUGGACGUGGUACUCGACAAGCUAACGUUGCGUUAAUAUUAGAAAUAUAGCGACGUUAAAAACCAGUGACGUUAGUAGUUGUCGGAUAUAAUAAGGUAGUAACCGACUGGUCGGAUACGCAGCCACCGGUGUAACGUGAACGGUCAUGGAAACCAUUCGCACUUGUUAGAACGACGUACUAUCUGGGACAUAAGGGGGCGGUCGGAGGGUACGUACGCCUAAAUCAGCUGGUGGUCAUGUGUGACGCUGUGGUCUGAUGCCCACCCUCCCCUCAGCGCUGGCCAUGGACGUGGACGGGGACAGCUACCUGCAUCCAGAAGGCCCUCAGCUAGACAGCAGCUUGUUCUCUGUGGCCCCCACCAACAUGGAGGGUUCAAUAUACGCCUCCUCUGGUUCCUGGGGAUCCUACUCUCAGCAGCCUGGAUACAGCAUACUCUGCCCUAUGCAAUCUGGAAACCAGCAAUACCACUUGAACAGCAGCACUACCACCCCCGCUCCGGAUGAGCACAUGGACGCGUACUCGGGAUUCUCCGACGUGGACUUUUCCAGCCUCGGCCUCCCCGCCAAUGGAGACUUCCACCAGGACCUGUCCUGCAUCGAUGACCUCUCCACAAACUCCCUGUUCUCGUCGCCGGCCGACUCGCUGUCGGAGUACGCCGACGCGCAGUCCCUCAUCAGCCCCGACAACCUGAACCCGGUGCUCACCCUGAGGGACGUCAACACUAGCGCCGCCCCCGCCGCCGCCACCGCCGCACCAGCACAGAGGCAGCUAGAGCUGAAUGGCACCAGCAGGUUUCAUGGCUUGGCCAGUUUGGAUGAUAUUACUGCUCUUAUCAGCCCCCCACCUUUAGGAGGAUUCCAGCUUCAGAGAACCCAGACACCCCAGGAGGAGGAAGAGGAUGCCGACGAAGAAGAGACCGAGGAACUGGGACAUGUAGACACAUACGCCGAGUACAGACCUUCCAAAUCCACUAUAGGAAUUUCUCAUCCCGACAUCGUGGUGGAGACCAACACGCUAUCCAGCGUCCCCCCUCCCGACAUCACGUACACGCUGUCCAUCCCUGAGCCGACCAUUAACUGUGGCCUGCUGUCCGCUCUGCAGCUAGAGGCCAUCAUCUACGCCUGCCAGCAACACGAGGUCAUCCUGCAGAACAACCAGAGGGCAGGCUUCCUGAUCGGAGAUGGCGCCGGGGUCGGGAAGGGACGCACGGUGGCAGGAAUCAUCCUGGAGAACUACCUUAAGGGGAGGAAGAAAUCAUUAUGGUUCAGCAUAUCCAAUGACCUGAAAUUUGAUGCAGAGAGGGAUCUCAAAGACAUAGAUGCACCGAAUAUCCCCGUGCAUGCCUUAAACAAGAUUAAGUAUGGAGACACAGCUACCUCAGAAGGAGUUCUGUUUGCAACUUACUCUGCGUUGAUUGGCGAGAGCCAGGCGGGGGGGCAGCACCGGACCCGGAUCAAACAGAUCCUGGACUGGUGCAGGCCGGACUUCGACGGAGUUAUUAUUUUUGACGAAUGCCACAAAGCCAAGAAUGCCACUUCUACCAAGAUGGGCAAGGCGGUGCUUGACCUGCAAAACAAGCUGCCGAGGGCCCGAGUGGUGUACGCCAGUGCCACAGGUGCCUCCGAGCCAAAGAACAUGAUCUACAUGAGCCGCCUGGGAAUCUGGGGCGAGGGCACGCCCUUCAGGGCCUUCGAAGACUUCCUGCACGCCAUUGAGAAGAGGGGCGUCGGUGCCAUGGAGAUUGUUGCCAUGGACAUGAAGGUCAGCGGCAUGUACAUCGCGCGGCAGCUGAGCUUCUCGGGCGUGUCUUUCCGCGUCGAGGAGAUCGGGCUGGACAGCGACUUCAAACUGGUCUACAACAAAGCUGCCAAACUGUGGGCGGAGGCGCUGCAGGUGUUCAUGCGUGCGGCGGAUGAGCUGGGCCUGGUCAGCAGGAAGUCCCUGUGGGGCCAGUUCUGGUCGUCUCACCAGCGCUUCUUCAAAUACCUCUGCAUCGCUGCCAAGGUCCGCUGCCUGGUGGAGCUGGCCAAGAAAGAGUUGCUGGCCGGAAAGUGCAUCGUCAUCGGGCUGCAGUCUACCGGAGAGUCCCGGACCAGAGAAGUCCUCGACGAGAACGACGGCCAUCUCGACAGAUUUGUUUCUGCAGCAGAGGGAGUUUUCCAGUCCCUCGUAACGAAGCAUUUCCCCUCAGAGAAACAGAGGCGAGAGAAAGCCCCGGGAAACAAGAGAAAACGGAAGCCAAGAGGUCGGCAGCCGAAGGUACCGAAGCACACGGUGGACAGCGGCGGCGUGAUCAACAUCAGCGAUGACAGCAGCAGCGACUCGGACGGCGUGGACACCGACUCCAACUCCUCCCCGGACUCUCUGCUGGACAAUGAUGACGUCAUCUUUGUCAACCACACCAGCUGCCAGACAGCCAGGGUCGAGGAGAUGAAGCAGAGCCUCCUCAACAAAAUAGCUGUGCUGGGAAAAGAACUACCUCUCAAUACGUUGGACGAGCUCAUCGAUAAGUUCGGAGGACCGGAUCAAGUCUCAGAGAUGACCGGUCGCAAGGGUCGCGUGGUGCGGCGUCCCGACGGCAGCGUCCGCUACGAGUCCCGGGCCGAGCAGGGCCUCACCAUCGACCACAUCAACAUCAAGGAGAAGGACCGCUUCAUGGGCGCCGAGAAGUUCGUGGCCAUCAUCUCGGAGGCGGCCAGCUCGGGCAUCUCCCUGCAGGCGGACAAGCGAGUGAAGAACCAGCGGCGCAGGGUCCACAUGACCUUGGAGCUGCCUUGGAGCGCAGACAGGGCCAUUCAGCAAUUUGGUCGCACACAUCGGUCCAAUCAGGUGACGGCGCCGGAGUACAUCUUCCUCAUCUCAGAGCUGGCUGGGGAGAGACGCUUCGCCUCCAUCGUGGCUAAAAGACUAGAGAGCCUGGGUGCACUGACCCAUGGAGACAGAAGAGCCACAGAAUCCAGGGACCUCAGCAAGUACAAUUUUGAGAACAAGUACGGUACCAAGGCUCUCGAUAAGAUCACCAAAGCCAUCCUCGGCCACAUAGAAAACAAGGUGCCCCCUCCCAAAGGCUACCCUGCGGGCGAAGCCAUGUUCUUCAGAGACAUGAAGAUCGGAAUGAUGGAUGUGGGCAUCUUUUGUAGGGAGUCGCGCUUUGGGAUCAAUACAGAGAAAGACUGCAGCAUUACAAAGUUCUUAAAUCGCAUCCUGGGCCUGGAGGUGCACAAGCAGAACUUUCUGUUCCAGUACUUCACGGACAACUUUGACUACCUGAUCGAGAAGGACAAGAAGGAGGGCAAAUACGACAUGGGAAUCCUAGAUCUGGCUCCGGGUAACGACGAGAUCUACGAGGAGAAGCAGGAGAUAUUCUUGACGGUUGGAAAUCCUCAAGAUGGACAGGUUGUUCUCUACAAGAUCAGUGUGGACCGAGGCAUGCCCUGGGACGAGGCCUUCAACAGGUCACUAAAGCUCAGCGGUCCCGAUGAGGGAUUCUACCUUUCCCUGAAGCUGCGGGGAAACCACCCGUGCGUGCUGCUGGCGGAGCAAGGACGAGGCAAGAACCUCAUCGUCUACAAGCCCAACAUCGGCAAGCAGACGCACCCCGAGAGCCUGGACAACCUGCAGCUGCGCUACCGCAAGGUGACGCCGGAGGAAGCCAGGGAGAGCUGGGAGAACCAGUUCACCUUCUCCUUCAAGAAGUGCAGCCAUGCCAACUGGAAUGGGAAGUGUAAGAAGAUCGAGGAAGGUCAGGAGUGUCUGCAGGGCAUGCGCCUCCGUCAGUACCACAUGCUGUGCGGCGCCCUGCUGCGGGUGUGGAAGCGUGUAUCCGACGUGGUGUCUGACCUCACCAGCUCCAGCAUCCUGCAGAUCGUCCGCCUUAAAACCAAACACCAUAACAAGCAAGUCGGUAUCAAGAUCCCGGAGAACUGCGUGGCCCGCGUGCGCGAGGAGCUGCUGCAGAUGGACGAGGAGGUGAAGAGGAGACGGAAGGAGCGCGAGCAGCAGGCCGCCGAGCAGCGGCUGGCGGCCGAGCGCGCGCACAAGAUGGAGCAGGACAACAAGCACCUGCUGGCCAACCUGUUCAACCAGAAGCCGAUGCUCAACCAGUCGCUGGCGCAGUCGCUCGCCCACAGCCAGAAGCAGAAACCGAGCCAAAGCGCCCUGCAGAGGGCGCCGCCGGGGAGCGCGUCCCAGCUGCAGCGGCUGCAGUCCCUCCAGCCCAACGUCCCCCUGCUGUCCCUGCAGAGGAACCCCGGCCCGGCGCAGCAGAGGACCCACGGCGGCUGGCUCAACGUCAACGGCGGCAACCCGGGCUCCGCCCCCAGCUCGGCCAGCAUCCGCUCCAAUUUCUCCCAGUUUUACCCACAAUCCUUCCCGGCGCAUUUCCAGCAGAUGAAGAGCCCAUCGCUUCCGCUGCGUCCGGCCGCGCCGUCCCUCGGCAAGAACCCCCUGGACGAGAUCCUGGACCUGACCACGAGCUCGCCGUCCCCCUCGCCGGACAGCACGGAGGUGGCGCUGAGCCUGGACGGCCUGGCGGGACACUCGGCGGCGUACGGCGAGGACUUUAGCCUGGAGUCGCUGAUCGCUCAGGCCGCGCCCAGCGCCCAGCUCGCCGCGCUGACCCAGCAGCCUCUCCUGCUGCAGCAGAACCACAACCUGCUGGCCAGCACCCACCACCAGGACCUAAUAGACUUGUUUGACUUGCCUCUGUCCCCCCAGAUGCCCACGCAGAAAGCCAGCCCCUCGUCCUCCACCUCCUCCUGCUCCUCCUCCGCGUCCUCCACCUCCAACAGCCUGGCGGCGCACGUCCCCGCCGGCCUCCUGGCGGCGUCCGGCCUGGUCCCAACGUCGUCGUCGUCCUCCUCCCUGUUCUCCAGCCCGUCCCCGUCCUCCUCCCUGUUCUCCAGCUCGUCCCCUUGCUUCCCCUCCAACUAUCUCCUCCCCCAGUCGGACUCGCUGCCUUUACCCAACGGCCACCUCGACGUCCGCGAGGCCCUGAACAGCAUCCUGCACGGGCCGGACCGCGGCUCCGUCAUCAAGUACCGGCCGCAGGACUGAGAGCUCGCGCCGGCUUUUAUCCUUUCAUCUUUUUACAAAGUCUCGUUCGCUGCUGUCUUUCGGUCGCAACCUCGGACCUACUCUCCCCGCCUCCCCCCCCCUCAGGGCCUAUAGUCACGUCACUGCCUGUCCUGCGCUCGGCUCCUCCCCCCUCCCCCGCUCCUCAUCCACCCGUAGCGUUCACCUGCUCGGGGCGGUUCCAAGGCGACAGCGGAUUUCUGCACCAAAGUGUGUCCUCCACAGUGAAAGGCAGCUGUAAAACAAACAAACAAACAAAGUAAAAAAAACAACAAACAAAAACGCGUGAUGACGAUAUUGAACAUACGAGCUGUCCGAAACAAAAGCUCACUGACUGAUGUGUGGAAAUCAUUAGCAAACCUCCCGCUGCUGAUUUUACGAGGUAUGAUUGGUGAAGAUGCUGGAAGCUCUAAAUGCCUUUCACCAGUUUAAACAACCCCCCCCCCCUCUCUCUCCCUCCCUCCCCCACACACACAUCUUUUAGAUUUCCCUUUGCUUUUACCUGCGCUUCAUGGCCGUCCGUCUUGACUAAAACGAGGCUGUAUGCAAGGCUCGGGGGGCUUGAGUGACACAGAAGAUGGCGUCGGACUGGAAGAUGAGGAGAGGAAGAGAAAAGGAAAAAAAACCCCAGAUGGAAUCCUUUUAGCUGAUAAGCCAUGAAAUGCCUCAGUUUUCUUCUUCUUCUUCUUCUUCUUCUUUGGUUGUUGUUGUUGUUCAUGCUCCCUCUGGUUUCCCUCCCUGCGCGUAUGAACACUAGUGUGAGGGAAAAGGGAGAUGAAGAGCAGUCUGCUGUUGCAAACAGUGCCUUUUGGAGAAAUCUAUAAAUGCAGUCUUUAAGAAGUCCAUGUAGCCUAAUGUACAGACGUGAACUCGUUGGUUUCCAUUUUAAUUUAAACAUGGUAUAUUUGUAUUUAACGCCCUCCUCCCGUCGUUGUUUGUGUUACACUAUGCUGGUGGAGGUCUUCGGGAAGAAGCCUCCAUCAAGCCCGUAUGUGCUGGUAUGAUUGGUCCUUUUUUUUUAUUUCUGGUUUGAUGCGGCAGUGUGCGACAUGGUCAGUACGGCCAAGGAUUAAACAGAGACGUGUCCAAAAAAUGUUGGCACCCCUUUUGUUUUCUUUUUUUUGUUUUUUCAAAAGCCGACAACAACAUUCAACGAUGUGACUCCUGGAUCACGGUUUUCUCAAGAAAGUCUCCAGUGAUUUGGUUGUUGUUUUGUUUUGUUUUGACAUUUUUGACUACCAAACAUAUGGAAAUUACUUUUAGAAAAAAGAAGGAAAAAAAGCAGAAUUACAAAGAUUUUCAAGGUUUUUAUUGUUUUGAGGGCUGAAAAACAAAAACAGCGUCUGAGACACUUUAAAAAAAAAAGACAUUUCUGGCAUCAAGACUUCAAAAUAUCAUUUGACGCUCACUGUGUAUGAUCGCACACAUUAUAGAAACAUCAACCCGUGAGAUCCGGCCUGAUCUCUCCGUGCGUGUGAAAAGCACACGUAAACAUGCCGGGAUGAAGUUCACGUGAUCAAAAAGCAAUAAAACCAUAUUCCACAUCUGUUGUGAGAUAGAAAUGUUUACGUGGUUCCCUCUGCAUGGUAUGAAUCUCCUUAUUUCUGUUUCUCCUUUUUAGUCCAGCGGAUUGUGAGACCUUUUUGUACAGUACGUUUUCACGGGACUUUUGGUGUUUUAGUCAUCGUUAUUAUAAAAGUUAUUGUUAUUUAUAUUUAAGGGAUAUUUUAGAUUUUAGACAUGUUAUCCUGCUUAUUAGUGUAGUGAACAAAAUGUUUUGGUCAGGGAAGUUUCUAGUUUUCAAGAUUACUAUAAAACAAAUUCUAUUAUAAUCUGCCACCAAAUACAAUUGCACUGUUCUGUACUGCUGUACAGUGUCUGGAUUCUUUCUGCUCAUUUACCUUUUUUUUUUUUUUUUCUUUGCUUUCCUCAAGUGGAAUUGUUUCUCCGGAGCUUUUCUUCGUCCGGCCCUCGGGUUCGCAGAGAGAUACCAAAGUAUUCCACAGAGUUACCGGCAUCCAAGAUAUCCGAGCUUUCGUCAAUCUCAGGAAGAACCCCACAGGAGGUGUAACGGGGAGGGGGGAGGGUGGGGGGUGGGGGGUCCCCUGACGUGGCCGUGGUGAAGCUAAAGCAGCACGUGUGCUCCUCUGUUCUUCACCCUGUGCUGUGACUCUUUUGCUGUAUUUAUGUUCUAGUCUCAAUGUGAUGGGUGACUUGUGUCCGUGGUUUGAACUGUUUAUGCCUUCUUAGGGGCAAAGAUCAACGGCUGUUUCCUUUGUUAAGAAACGUUAUUUAUUUUCUUAGUUGGACAUGUGAGUUGGCGUGCCCCCCCCCCCCCCCCAUCUCAAACUCACAGGAUCAGAUUCCUCCAAACGCUUUCUCUUUCUUUGUUUCCUCUGAUGACGCGCGGUGUUCUCCUGGUACCCUCGUUUUAACGUUGCUUUUGAUAUUCCUCGUCACAUCGGGCACAUUCCGGGACGUCAGUCUGCAAAAGGUUUGCCUUUGAUUUCGUCGUACAGUCACAGAAAUAAAGCUUUAUGCAUUUGAGGGACAUGGACCGCGUUCUUAGGAAGAAAGAGCUUUGUUUUGGUUCCCAGAGGUUGAUUGGGUGUCGAUCGUUUCGUUAUCAUUUUGCACUAAGAAUGGCAUAAUCGAGUUACUGUUCUCUUGUGGGUUAUGAUUGAGCUUGUUGUUUUUUUCUGAUCUUUUGUUGGCUAGCUCCGCGUAAAAUGUAACCAUCUCCCUCGUUUCUUCACCAUAUUACAUUCAUGUUAUCACUCUCAGAAAUAAUUUAUUGCUAACAAAAAAAAUGAAACAAAAAACAUGCUACUGAUUGUAUGUAUUUUUAAACAAAGCCUAUUUUUUCUGUAAAAAAAAGAUUAAAAAAAGAAACUCUGUUCAGCACUUUUAUUCUGGGUUGUGCUUUUGUUUUCUAUAUAUUUAUAAUUUAGAUCCAAAUGUAUAUAUUGUAAAAUUUGUGCCUUUCGACUAAUUCUUUAAAAGGUUUUCUACUCAUUAAAGGAAGGACUAUAUGAAAUUGCGAUCUUAACUUUGUAAACAAAUAAAAACUUGAAGAUUG